AUGGCCAAGUUUGGUAUCCAAGUUAGUAUGGGGCAAUGUAGAAGAGCAAAGAAGUAUGCACUGAAACUUGUUGAAGGUAACCUUGUUGAACAUUAUGGUAAGCUAUGGUCAUAUGGUCAUGAGAUUUUAAGGACAAAUCCUGGGUCAACUGUGAAACUAGAUAUAGAGGAUGGUCCAGAUGGAAAGAAAUAUUUUAGCAAGUUCUAUUGUUGUUUUCAAGGAGUUAAACAAUGUUGGAUUGAAUGGUGUAGAAGGGUAAUUGGUCUUGAUGGAUGUUUUCUUAAAGGUGUUUGUAAGGGAGAAUUGCUUUGUGCUAUUGGGAGGGAUGCAAAUGACAAGAUAUAUCCUAUUGCUUGGGCAAUGGUUAAUGUGGAGAACAAGCAGAAUUGGAAGUGGUUUCUAGAGCUUCUCAUUGAUGAUCUACACUUGAAUUUAGGCAAUGGUUUCAGUUUAAUGUCAGACGAACAUAAGGGUUUGAUAGAGGCUGUUAAAGAGUUGCUGCCAUAUGUAGAGCACAGGCAGUGUGCUAGACAUAUUUGCCAGAAUUUGCAGAAGAGAUUUACUGUUGAAAAUGGGUUCUCAGAAAGUUUUAAUGCUGUAAUAGUAGAUGCCAGGAAGAAGCCCAUAAUAACCAUGUUAGAGGAGAUAAGAUUAUACAUGAUGGACAGAAUCUACAACAUGAAAUUAAAGGGACAACAAUGGGGAAAUCAUAUUUGUCCAGAGAUAAGGGAUAAGGUGAAUUUGCUUAAAAAAGCUUAA